CCCAAGGCCCGGGCCCGGCCUCAGCCAUGAACGGCACCUCCCAGCCCGGCCUCGGCCUCAGCCUCGGCAAAGAGGAGCACGUCCUGAAACUGGGCGAGAGCUUCGAGAAGCGGCCCAAGAGCUCCUUCCACACCAUCCGCUAUGAUUUUAAACCAGCAUCCAUAGAUACAUCAUGAGGCGAUCAGGUCACCAUCACUUUGCCACACAUCCCAGGCUCCACCCCACCAAUGACUGUGUUCAAAGGUAAUAAAAGGCCAUAUCAGAAGGACUGCGUUCUUAUCAUUAACCAUGACACUGGGGAGUUUGUGCUGGAAAAACUAAGUAGCAGUAUACAGGUGNAAAAAACCAGAGCUGAAGGAAGCAGUAAAAUUCAGGCUCAGUUUGAGCAGCAGCUGGCCCGAAGAUCCCAGCCUUCCUCUCAAUUCAGGGCCCCCAAUAAGCCUAUUGCUGGUCCAAAAACAUCUCCAUCAAAGGACAACCCAUCACCUGAGCCCCAACUUGAUGACAUAAAAAGAGAACUGCGAGCUGAAGUUGACAUCAUUGAACAGAUGAGCAGCAGCAGUAGUAGUUCCUCGGGUUCAGGAAGUUCCUCUGGCAGUGAUGACAGCUCCAGCAGCGAUGUGGAAAACGAAGCUCAGCCUUCAUCUACGCCGCCACAACUGCAGCCUCAGCCUCAACCACAACCACAGCAUCAGUACCAGCAGUACAGCAACCGAAACUCUGCUUCAAAUGGCACAAGCAGACCAGGGAGCAUUCAGCUCAUGAGCACUCUCAGAAAUGAUUUGCAACUGAGUGAAUCUGGAAGUGACAGUGAUGAUUGAAGACUUAAGAAAGUAAUUCUUCACUUCCAUUAUGACUCAAUGCGGAGAUGGUGUUAAAGUUUGCAGAGAAAAUUACCUGAACUACUGGUUUAUUGCAAAAACUUAUUUUAUCGUGUGCCCUAAUACAGUUUUAAUAUCAGAUGUGGUAUCUUAGAUAAUUAUUUAAUGCAGUACAUUUUGUUAUGAAAAUAUAUUUAAUAAAG